AUCGUUACAAACGAAGCUUUCGUACUGAAGAGGAGAGUGAGCAAUACACUAUUGGGCGCAAUGCUGCAAGAGUGGGGAUGGAACUGUGAAUAUGAAGAUACGUGGCAUAGCUGGAAAGCUAUCGCCGAUCGAACAGCGGAUCUUCCAGGUGUUAAUGGCAGAGGAAGUACUCAGGUGUAUGCGUCGGCGGGUUCUUUGAGCACGCCUCUCCGGUCUUACGGACGAGCACAUUCUUCUUCUCUAGAUGAGAUUCGUCACCCAGUUGCUACGUCGGGUGUUCGCGCAUCUGCAUCUUCCGUGCCUGGCUGGCCUACGACGAAAUCCACGUUUGGAAGGAGCGAAGCAAACUUGUUCACCACUGAAAGUGCGGACUCAGAUGUCUCUUUGCUUGCUGCUGCAUUCCAGCAGGCACGGCUAAACGGCUUGCAGCAAACUUAUGCUUUGCUGUUCCCGGAGUUUGGCUGAAAAGGAGUAAAAGAGGGAAAAUGAAACUG